GCUCUUCUUGACUCUGUCCUUGAGACGCUGGCGCACGCGAGCGUCACCACCACCUUGUCUACCGGCAGGGGAUCAGAACUUGCUUCUCAGUCUGGUGGCUUCUAUAUAUUUCUUUCGGUCAGCAUCCUCCCACCCCUCUACCCCUCUGCCCCUCCCACAGUCGCAGUCGGCAGUGAUGUUCGUGCAGUCGGCGUAGCACUCUCCCUGUACUCCUUAUUACAAAGGACUCGUGAACUGUAGCCUACGGCCGCAUUAUCCCUCUCUCCCUCCGCCCGCUGGCCGCCUGCGUGCACCUGAGAACAACCCUGGCAAGAGCAUGGCGAAAGAGCAAGGUCCCGGGUUCAACUGACCCUCCCGUGAGAAACCAAGACGGGGGGCACUAUGAGUGAGGAGUCGCCAGUAACCCCCAGCUGGAUGACUCCUGACCCCAUCUGGGCCAGCACGGGGGCAGUAACUGAGAACAUCACCGCAGCAACGUUCUCCCCGGCAGCUGUAUCCCCCCAGUCCCCCGAGUGGCUGGUGAACCCCUGGGAUGUGGUGCUGUGCACAUCAGGAGCGCUGAUUGCCUGUGAGAAUGGCCUAGUGGUGCUGGUCAUCUGGCAUAACCCUGCCCUGCGUGCCCCCAUGUUCCUGCUCAUCGGCAGCCUGGCACUGGCUGACCUCCUGGCUGGCCUGGGCCUCGUCCUGCACUUCUUCUUUGCCUACCUGCUGCACUCCGAUCCCACCCAGCUGCUGACAGUGGGGUUGGUGGUAGCAUCCUUCUCUGCUUCCAUCUUCAGCCUGCUGGCCAUCACAAUUGAUCGUUACCUGUCUCUGUACUAUGCCCUCACCUACAACUCUGAGCGCACACUAACCUUCACCUACACCAUGCUGGUGCUGCUGUGGGGCGUGUCGCUCUGCCUGGGCUUGUUGCCUGUCACUGGCGUCAAUUGCCUGGGAGCAGAGUCUACCUGCAGCGUGGUGCGGCCACUGACCAAGAACAAUGUAGCGGUGCUAUCGGUCUCCUUCCUGCUGCUGUUCGGCCUAAUGCUACAGCUCUACGUGCAGAUCUGUAAAAUAGUCCUGCACCACGCCCACCAGAUUGCACUGCAACACCAUUUCCUCACGGCUACGCCCCACUACGUCACCACCCGCAAGGGAGUGUCCACCCUGGCCCUCAUCCUGGGCACCUUUGCAGCCUGUUGGAUGCCCUUCACCGUCUAUUCCCUGGUGGGAGACUAUACCUACCCACCCCUCUACACCUAUGCCACCCUAGUACCUGCCACCUACAACUCCAUCAUUAACCCGCUCAUCUAUGCCUUUCGCAACCAGGAGAUUCAGCGGGCGCUGUGGCUGGUCUGCUGUGGAUGUGUUCCUGCUAGUGUGGCCCAGCGUGCUCGCACGCCUAGUGACGUCUGAUCCAAGUCCAGCUCUAGGCCCCUGCCAGAUUUGGCCAGAGAGCUGGCCAGGGUGAUCACACUGAUACCGAAGAAAGGGAGAGGAGCGAGACAGCAUUUGCACCUACUUUGCUGUGUACCCACACAAGGAUGAGGGAUAAGGGCUGUUCUUCUGGCUAAGCGUCUUCCCCAUCCCCACACAUGCAACACUUACUCCCACACACCUCCCCCUAACAGACCCUAACUGUAAGGGAGGGAGAUGAGCUUUAUUGUCUGUAUAUAUUCUGUACAUAAUUGGCAUCUUAGGCUUUUUUGUUCAGCUCUUGCAGUCAGGUAUUUCUCCUCUGGCAUGCUGAAUGAAAAGUGGGGCUGAUGGGGGCACCUGGUGCUGCAGGCAGGGUGUGUGCACCCUUCUCAUCUCCUGCGUUCAGUACAGUACGUGCUCUGAAAGCUAAGAACCCCAUGCUAAAAAUAGCCAGCACUCUGCUCUGCACUUCUCAUCCCUCCAAAGAGAGGUGCAUUGCCCUUCCUGCAUGUCUUUACCAUUUGAAUCACGAUCCUCAUGUGAGUCCCAAUGUAUAACAUUCAGGAAACUGCUAAUUAACACUGGACUAAUGUGAGGAAAAAGCAUAAAAUCCCUUUUUAUAAUAUAAAUGUUACACGGCGGUGUGACACCCCUGUGAGGGAGAUGUGGCUGUUCCGUGAGUGGACUGUUGGAAAAAUAAAUUUACGAACACCUUCCCUCUCACGGGUUCCGGGCAAAAACAAUAAACUAAAAUAUCAAAGACAAAAGAAAGUAAAAUGGAGCAACAGCUUUUCAGCUCGCCGCUCCUAGCUGGCCAGCUUCUCAGUGGCGGUUAACUUUCUUUGUCACGUGCUCCGACAAACAAAACUGAAACUCGCUCUCUCGGUGUGUACUCCGAGUCUCAGCCCCAAACUGUGGAGAGAUUAGUUAACGCAGCCCAGGUGCAUGUGCUCUCUCCACCAGUCGGCGUUACCGAGACCAGUCCACUUCCCUGGCGGACCAAUGCGGCAAUAAAUUUGUGCUUAUAUAUGGCGGUUUAGCUACUCACUCCCCCAAAAAACUUGCUUUGUAAAGCUAUUUAAGAAUACUUAAUUGUAGUUUUAGAAACGCAGCUAGUGUAAUUGAAGACCAGACAAAAACAGGUGCAAAUAUUCAUGUAUUCAUCUCUCACAUCUGUGAUUAUUUCAGUGGCGUUCCAAAUAGAUGCUUUACUGUCUAAAACAAUUAACCAUUUCUUUCUGUGCAUAAAGUGUUUUGUAAAAAGCAGGAUUUUAUGCAUUGAAAUUCAGAGAUAGGGUGUACUGAAUGUAUUUUUAAUGGGUUUCAGGAAUGCGACUUUAGAUUUUUGGAACUAUUUAGGACACUGAAUCCAUUGUCUCAAAUGCUGCAAAACCCCUGAAUGGAGCUGCAAGAGACACGCAAUACCCACAGGCUGCACCGUAUUCUCACUCUUGCUAUGGUUACCAAAUUAAUAGUUUCACAGUUGGCAGUAUCUGGAAUGCCUCCCCCAAAAACAAAAUGUAUAUUUUUAUUUGUUUUUUUGAUGUGUUCUUCAAAGAGCCACUGAGUCAAAUGAUAGGUAGCAAAUUUGCAACAGUAAAAUAACAUGCUGUCAUUUACUGUGACCAAAAAAGGCAGAAUGUCAGUACCACCGUGCCUCCAUCAUGGUGAAGGCACACAGUUAACAUUUGCAGUACCCCACCCUACAGCAACCCACACUGUAUACCUGGCAACCUUUCAUUUUUCAGUUCAAUUUGCUCUGUACAUUUUCUUAAAUGUAAUAAAAAGACACUGCCUUAUAAGGAUAUACCCAUGAAACUUCCAAAUAUUAAUAGGGGAUUUAUUACAUUACAGGCAUUUAACAGAUGCAGUUAUCCAGAGCAACUUACACAACUUUUUACAUUGCAUUUACAUUGUAUCCAUUUAUACAGCUGGAUAUAUACUAAAGCAAUGCAGGUUAAGUACCUUGCUCAAGAGUACAAUGUCCGACCUGAGAAUUGAACCUGUGACCUUUUAUUUUAACACUACACUGCCCGUAUCAGUACGUUUCAUAAUUAAUUACUGUUAAAAUAAAUUAACAGUAAAGAUACGACUGAACUAAACAAGAGUGGCACAACUUUUUCGCACCAGAAGAAUAUCUGGAAAAGUCGUAUUUAUGAACAACUUGAUAAAUGUUUUUUAUAAAAUCAAGGAAAACCUGAAAUGUGAAUAACUAUUUGUAAUACUCAGGUCCUGGUGGCUGGGACUAAAUUAUUUAAAUAAACCAAGUAUAUUCAGAACUUGUUAAUAUUUAGAACCAGGCAAGAUUCAGAAAUAGCUGUAAUUCAGAAUACAUUCAGAUUCAUCCAUUCAGCCCAGACACCAGCUAUUCCAGUCACUAGCCACACCCCUGCUUCUUGAUGGUGGGGAGGGUGGGGUUAACUAGUCUCAUCCUCAUGGCAAAGGCCAGUUAGCAAUAACUAUGUGCUGAGUUUGAAAUGGACUACAGGAUUAUCUAACAGCAAUAACACCAAAAAAUAUAUACCCCACCCUCUUGCCCUCUCUGUAGAAAUAAAGCCCAAGAGCCUUUGCAUUCCUAACAUCAGAACAAUCAGUUCUGCCAGAUCCAGAAUCUAACACACCACCUGCAAAGUGUGAGGCCGACCCAGAGCUUGGGAUUUGGCCGGACCAAGACGUGGAGCUCAUAGCGUAGAAUCCCGCCAUGAGAAGAAAACCCCAUAUUCUGCUCCCAUGAAGGAACAUCCCAUUAUAUUCUGCACUAUGGAUGUACAGUCUGUUUACUUCUGCAAGGGGGAGAUAAUAACAACAGGCAGCAGAUUUCAGCUUGCUACUUUUCACUUCUGUGUGUUUAUGUUGGCAUGUGCAUGCACAGCAUUGUUAUUAUAUGGAAGAUGUUUGAGUACAUGCAAAACAUAUUGGGAGUUGAGUAGUCAUUGGGAUCUGUGGAGAAUCUGGGUGUGCCUCAAGAUUUUUUCCACUCUGUAUUAAGCCGAUUGGUUAGAUAUUGCCGCUGUAGAACCCUUCGGCCAAUGACUAAAGCCAAGCCAGUGACUGAAACUGGGACCCAAUCCCUUGAUCCACCAUUUUCUGAAUGCUAGGUUGACUUCCUGUUGCGCUGAGGAACCUUCCUGUUUCCCCAGAGGAAGGGCUGGGGGUCUUCCAGUUAUCCUGAAGAAAGUGGACACCUCCCCCUACCUAUCCACCUGGAAAAUAUUACCUGAAUUAACUCACUGCCCUGAAUGGUGCAUGCGUGAUUGCAUUUUAGCCUGGUGGGUCUGUGAGUGUGUGGGUUGGGCGGGUCAAGGUGAGGAGAGAACCAUCACUUCAUGUGUAGAAUGUGAUGUCACACCUCAGAUCGUUCAACAAGAAUCUAUUUUGUAAUAUUUUUUUAAAUAUAGUUUAUAUUUUUUCCAGCUUGCCUAUUAAAUUUUGAUAUUGUAAAUGGACACCGAAUAUACCUUCUGAAUGUGAAGUACUGAUUAUGGAAUAUUUGUUCCUGUUGAUGUGAUACUGAGGCCCAUUGUCCAAUGUAGGUCCUCUCUUCUGUCGAGUUGCAGAGCUGGAAGGGUGUGAGGUUGUCAUAUAUCACUACUCACCAGCAGGGCUUCACUGUCUUUAGCCCACAAUGCCCUGCUCUUAGCCAGUAGGUUGUGCAAUAUUGAGCAGGGUUGUGCAUAAUUCAGAAUUUUUGGAUUUGCUCCCAUUUAAUUCAUGAGUUGGAAUUUCAGUUGAGUUGGCCACACCUCACAGGAAGUUAUAGUGGAAUUUGAAUUGAAAUGACAUGAAGUGGAAUCAGUCAUGCAACAAGAGAACUUCAUUACAUCUAACAUAGUUUACCACAAAAUACCAAAAAUUAUAUAAUUCAUUUCUAGAAAUGAUUCCCAUCUAUUUUUGUGUAUAAUCACAAGUAAUAGUUUUUCAUUUCUGUACCUAUUAAGAUUAAUGCUGUUUUAAACAGUUGUGUUGUAGACCUCAUAGAGAAUUCUGUUACAUAUUUUAAGCCACAAUCCCUUUCAUUUCCAAUUGAAUGUUUUACAGACACUUAAGGCAUUACUUAUUUGCAUAUUAAGUUCAUAUGGCAUUGUGUGUAUUCUUUCAUUAGAAUGGACAUAAUCUAGGUAGUCUCAAUAAAUAAGAAGUUAUACCACAAUAUGAUGGAUUUGAUAAAAUAAUUUUUGGCCUGAAUGCAUUUUAUUAAUCAUUUUUAUUACAUUUAGUAGAUAAGUUCCAUUCUGUUCUAAUAUGUAGGAUUUACUAUCAGGGUGCCAAAGGUAUCAAUAGAAGUAACUAUUUAAAAAAACCACUGAGGCAGUGGGUGAUCGCAUCCAUGCAAGAUGAAUGUUUCGUACCUUUAUGUUUUAGCAGCAUUGUGUAUGAAUUUAAUUGAAUUUAAUUGAGUUUUAAUUUCACUUCCUUAAUUUAAAAUUGAAUUGCAAUUCAUCAUCCUGUUUGCUGCCAUCAGUUCAAAUUCAAGAAUUGUUUUGGAGUUAAAGAGGGAUUCACAAUCUAAUUCUGAAUGGUGCACAACCCUGGUAUUGAAAGGGGACCACUUAUUUUGGUCUCCAUGGUUACUCCUCAGACAUACAGGAUGGCCAAGAUUGCCUGACCUGAACACAGGUCAUCUGAGGAACUUUUUUUUUUCCUUAAAUCAUAGAACAUGCCCUUACAAAAAAAUAAUGUGUUCAAAAACCUCAUGUGAACACCAAACAUGUGAACUAUAAAAAUAAUCCCACUUAUAAAGUGAGAGUGGGAAAAGGUAACCUAUGCUAUUUCCAGUCACAUGUUUUGUUUUCACAUGUCAAAAAUGUAGUUCACAUUUGAAAAAGUCAAGUCCCAUUUAAAAAUGUAGAAUUUCACAGUUUCAUGUCCCAGGUUUUGUUAUCGCAUGUGGAAAUUUACAUUCACGUGAGAAAAUCCAAUCACACAAAAAUGUCCAGUGCAUGUGACAUUUUCUUGUGAUUUUCACAUGUGAAAACGUUAUUUGUUCUUAAGGCUACAUGUUUUCUUCUUUAUAAAGUAAGGAAGUACUUCCUGUCCAGGCUGCAUGCGCCUCGUAUUCCUCAAACAACGGUACCCCAGCCUGACUCACACAAGAACAGCAGAGAGGUAACCACCUCAGUCAGGUGCUUUGGUUGGAGUCCUGGGUCUGUGUGCUCUGUAACUCUCUUAGCACAGAAAAAUCUACAUUUCAAUGCGUCUUCUUACUCCAACACAGAAGAAAAUUGUCCCACAAAGUCAUGCAUGUGUGUACGCUUUCACGCAUAUACAUACAUGCAUACACCCUGUGGGACUGCACUGCCUGAAUGACUGUAACUGCCUAUGAAUUUCACACCCCACUUCCUGGGUUGGGGCUUCCUGAGCAGGCAGAGCCAUGUGCUGCUGUGAGCUCCUUGUACAGAGCAUGCCCAGUGAGUGUGUUUGUGUGUGUAUGUUUUUGGGGAUGGGGGGUGGAUGGGGGGGGGGGCGCUUCAGUAGCAUUGUGUAUAAGUGUGUUAAACUGUGAAAUGCACUUUACUUUUCAACCAGAAAUGGCACAACCGAUUACGUAUCUGCAAAAUAAACUAUACGCGAUAAUCAAUGUGUACUAAUCAAUGUGCACUAAUUAACCAAGACAUUGUAUGACAUUGUGCUGAUCAGUGAUGUAUAUUUUUUGUGCUCAUUGUCAUCAUUAUUAUCUCUCUAGUUGACUUGAGAGAUCUGGUUAAUUUUGUAUCAAAUAAUGUGCUGUGCAUUAUCAAUAAACCUUUUUUUUCCACAAA